GAGACCGACAACUCAGGAAGGCGAGAAGACAGGAAAAUUAAAUAAGACGCGGUCUACUACGCGGUACACUUUGCGGCCAUUCACUCUUCUGCAACCAGCUUUCAUUUUUCUCUUCCAGUUUCCCUAAACCUUGAUAUUUGAUCUUGGUGUUUUCGGAUGGCUUUGAGCACCCAAAGACGGCAAAGAGCCUACUCCUCAGCUCAUGCUUGGGCUGAACCACCACCCCGUUGGAAAUUCGACGUUUUCUUGAGUUUCAGAGGUCAAGACACGCGCUGGGGUUUCAUCUCCCAUUUAUACCACCAACUGGAGUUCUCUCAAUUAUUCAAGACCUUCAUGGACGACCGAGAGCUUCAAAUCGGAUCUGAGAUCUCUCCGGAGCUAUUAAGCGCCAUCGAACAUUCGCAUCUCGCUAUCGUUGUUCUCUCACCCGAGUAUGCUUCUUCCACUUGGUGUUUGGAUGAACUUGCCAAGAUCAUCUAGUCCAUGGAACCCGGAGAUAAAAGAAUUCUGCCGGUUUUCUUUGAUGUGCUUCCGUCUGACGUUCGACAUCAAAGGAAGAGCUUUGCUGAAGCGUUUGCUAAGAAUGAAGUGAAGUUCAGUAUGGACCUAAAGAAAGUGGAGAGGUGGAGACAAGCUUUAAGAAAAGUGGCCAAUCUCUCUGGAUGGGUUAAAGAGAAUUAUACAUAUGAACGUGUGCUUAUAGAAGACAUAGUGAAACGUGUGUGGGAGAAAGUUCGUCCCACAAUCACAUUGUACAGUUCGGAAGAAAAGUUAGUCGGAAUGGAUUUUAGACUUGGGCAAAUGGGUUUGCUUUUAGCUCUUGCGCAAAAGGAUGUUCGAUUUAUAGGAAUAUGGGGAAUGGGUGGGGAAAAUGUUUCGCAAGUUUGGGAUGAGUACAAAGGAACCCUUUUCAUUAGAAAAUGUAUGCGUAAUAAGAAGGUUCUUCUUGUUGUAGAUGAUGCUGAUAGCUAUGACCACCUAGAAAAAUUGGCCGGCGAUAAAUCUUGGUUCAGUGAGGGAAGCAGAAUCAUAGUUACAACGAGAGAUAUACGUCACCUCACCGAGCAUCGUAUAGAAUUAUCAUUCGAGCUACCGCGGUUAAAAAACAGUGAAGCUCUUGAGCUCUUUAGUCACAAAGCCUUUGGAAAAGACCAGCAAGAGGAAAGGUGUUUAGAGCUUUCCAAGUGUUUUAGAAAUCUAGAUGAAUGGAAUAGUACAUUGGAGUCACUAAAGAGAAUUCCUAAUCCGACAAUUUUUGAUUCGCUCAAACUAAGUUAUGAUGCUCUGAAUGAUUCGCAACAGAAGAUUUUCUUGGACAUUGCAUUCUUCUACAAGGGGCUGAAGAAGGGGCGAGUUACAGAACUGCUAGAAUAUUGUUAUGGCUUUAAUUUUCUUAUUGUGAUAAAUGCUCUCAUUGAGAAAUCUCUCUUAACUGUUGAUCACCAUAACAAUGUUGGGAUGCAUGGUUUGGUACAAGAAAUGACAUGGGAAAUUGUUCGUAAGGACUCUCUUGAUCCUGAAGAGCCCGGUCUUUACAGCCGUUUGUGCCAUCAUAAUGAUAUAUUUCAUGUAUUCACAAGAAAUACGGGAACAGAAGCAAUCAAAGGCAUCAGCUUAUGUUUACCUCGUUUAGAAGAGGCAGAUUCAAACUGGAAUAUUGAAUGCUUCUCUAACAUGCUCAAACUGAGGUUUCUUGAAUUUGAUAAUUUAAUAAUUAGUUCAGGCCCCAAAUUCAUUGAUAAUACUCGAAUGGAAUUGAAGACCCCAGAUUUCACAAGUAUUCCGAAUCUUAAGGAGUUGAUUCGUGCAGAUUGUGAGGUUUUAGUUGAGGUCCAUCCAUCCAUUGCAGUCCAAAAAAAGCUUAAACAGUUGAUACUGCAUCGGUGCAAAAAUCUGAAGAGCUUCCCAGGUAAGAUUGAAAUGGAUUCUCUCGAGGUUCUCAGCCUUUCUUACUGCUCAAAAGUAAAGAUUCCAGAAUUUGGAGAAGGAAUGAAAAAUUUGAAACGCCUUAACGUAGCUGGGACUGCAAGUGAGGAACUACCUUCAUCAAUUGAACAUCUAGUUGGUCUUAAGUAUUUGUAUAUACAUAAAAGCAAAAGUCUCCAGCGUAUACCGGGUACCUCAAUUUUUAAACUGAAGUCUCUUAAAAUUCUCCAUAUGGAUGGAUGCCCAAAACUGAAGAAAUUUGUAGAAAGUACGGAGGAGACAAUGUGUUUGAAACUAUCUGUGAGAAAUAAGCUUUCGUCCUUAUUCAAAAGAAAAAGUCCCAAGCCUUUGUGCUUAGCGUCGCCAUCUCCAAGGGCUUUACCGUCUUUGACGUUGCUAAGUCUAACUGAUUGUAAUCUUAGUCAAGGAGUUCUCCCGGAUGAUUUUGGCUACUGCUUGCCGUCUCUACAAUACUUGGAUCUUGGUGGAAAUAAUUUUUUUACUCUUCCUGCAAGUAUUAGAUGCCUUUCUAAGCUUCGGUUGAUUGAUUUGACGGGGUGCAAAAGACUUUCUCAGUUACCGGAUCUCCCAUCAAAUAGGGAAUUAGAAGUACUUGCAGACGAAUGUGAUUCCUUAAAAAAGUUGUCAGAACCAUCACAGCAGGGCACAUCCACCAAUUUGGAGUUCGUUCGUUUAACUACGGUGAAUUGCUUUGGAUUGAUCGACAAUGAAGGCUUGAAUAAUGGAAUAUUUUCAUUGCUAAGGAGAUUGGCUGCUCAGAGGUGUGGAGCCCGAUUGUUGUACGAGCAAGAUAUGAAAAACUUGCUCAAUCCACCAACCAACAUCAUGAAGAGGAGUCGUGAAUAUUGUGACUCGGAGGAGGCAGAGGAAGGAGAAAGUCCGAGUGAAAUGGCAAGUGGUAGCUCUGGCAAAGAAUCAAUCUUCAAAAGACUCAAGGCAUGA